AUGAGUGGGGGUGUGCUGCGGCCGAAGAACUGCUCCAUCCCCGACGAGCGCCUUCUGGCAAAUGCGUCCAUGAGCAAGGAGGAGAUCGUUCAUUCCUUGGCCCAGGCUGCCGAGUGGAUUGCCAAUGCCGAUGCGCUGCUCAUCGGCAGCGGUGCCGGGAUGGGAGUGGACUCUGGUCUGGGGACUUUCCGCGGUGGCAAGAAAGGGGUCUGGGAUGGCUUGGAGGCAGUUGGAUUGGCCUAUGAGGAGAUUUGCGAGCCAAGAUGGUUUGACGAGGCCUUGGGUGAUCCGCGACUGGCUUGGGGCUUCUGGAACCAUUGCUACCGUGCAUACCAGGAGACAAAGCCGCAUCAGGGCUAUUCUGCUCUGAAGCAGCUCGGUCAGAGGUGUCCCUUCGGCUUCUUUUCCUUCACGUCGAACAUUGAUAGCCACUGGAUAACUUCUGGCAUGUCGGCAGACCGCGUGCUGGAGGUUCAUGGGGCGGUGAAGUGGCUCCAGUGCUCCAAGCCCUGCUGCCCGGAUGUGUGGAAGGCCCCAACAGACUUAUCGCUGGCGGAAGAUCCACAGACCCAUCGGGUGCAGGGAGCGCUGCCAGUCUGUCCCAAGUGCAAGGCAGUCGCCAGACCCAAUGUGCAGAUGUUCGGCGGCGAUUCUGGCUUUUCGCGGGCGCGCCGCGGGGCGCAGAACACCAGGUAUGAUGCGUGGGUCAAUGGCCUGGCAUCACGGCCAGACGUCAAAAGUCUCAACGUCGUCUGCCUGGAAGUGGGCUGUGGGCUCACCGUUCCAACUGUUAGACGUGAGCUGGAGAAGGUCGUGCAGAGAUUCCCGGGUGGUCGCCUUAUUCGCGUCAACCCCGAAAACCCUGGACUUGCCAAAGAGCUUGUCGAGAAGGGAGUGAGUCUGCCGCUGCCGGCCUCUGCCGCCAUCGAAAAGCUGAGUCAGCAGGUGGCACAGACGGAUGAGACCAUGCAGGCCACCUACAUCAUGUGGGGUGUGGAGGGCGGCUGCGAAAUCCGCGCGCCUUUCGGGACUUGCCUCGGGCGGCUUCUGCGCUUCGUUGAGUCGCUGGGCGGGAUGAAGGUGGAGUUCAAGCCGGAUGUCGUGGGAAUCGUCAAGCAAGCGAUGGGUCCCAGGACAGAGGACAUUAGCCUGGAAAGGUCUGUUCCCAUGGACAUGUACCAGGAAGUGAAGCUUGGAGAGGGCUCCAAGUUGGAGGUGACUGCCAUUAUGCGCGUCAUGGCCAAGUUUUCGGGCGGUACCAGCGUAAACGGUUGGAACCUGAACGCCCCGCUGGCCAAGCGAGUGGACCAGGUUUGCAAGCUCCUGGACGAGGUGAAUCAGGGAUUCUGCCAGCCGGAGUACCAGAAGGCAGCUGAAGCUUGUGAGGAUCGCCGCAGUCUGAUGAAGGAAGCGCGAAAUGUCCAGUUCGAGGUCCUGCCCAAAUAUGGCAUCGAAGCCACAGAGAAAGGUACCUCCAUCAUGGCCGCGUGGAUCAGCUCAGCUCAGAACGGCAUGAAGGAUGUCGAGGAGAAGGUUGUAGCUUCCAUGCACCUGAGCCGUAUGGCCUACGCUGCCAAGCUACCCAUGGUGAAGAAAAGAGCCGAGGAGGCCUGGAGUGGAAUCAGAGGGUCCGCAGUAAGGUUGAGGGUUUUUGGAGUUUGGGAUUGUAGGGCUAUGUAG